UAUAUAGAGAUUAUAUAGUUUGCACAUUAUUACAAAACCCCUUCGCCAGAUUAAUAGUAUCGUUCUUAACUUGUUUAUGGAGAUGGCUAGAUCAUCUGUACCUCUGAUCGCUGUGUUGUGUGUUUCGCUACUACCACUUGCGGCCAUGGCGAUUGGAACGCCAUUCCACAUUGAAGGAAGUGUUUACUGCGACACUUGCCGCUUUGGAUUCGAGACAGUCGCCACAAAAUAUAUCACCGGGGCAAGAGUGAGGAUAUUGUGCAAAGACAGAGUGACAUUGAAACAGGAUGUAGUUGGUGAGGCGGUGACGGGACACAGAGGAAUCUACAAGGUCGCCGUCAAAGGAGACCGACAAGACCAGCAAUGUUUUGCGGAGCUCGUCCAUAGUCCCCUCCGCAAAUGCCAAGUGCCCGAUCCUGGCCGUAGCACGGCCACUGUGAUCCUCACGCGCUCCAACGGUGCCGCCUCUACUCGCCACUUUGCCAACGCCAUGGGCUUCUUCCGGGACGAACCACUCCGUGGUUGCGCCGCUCUCCGCAGAUACUACCUCGCCGAUGGUGAUUCCCGGGCUAUUUGAGUCAUUUUACUCACCUUAUAUUUUCUUCUUGACAAAACAAAAGCGUUUUGUUUGUUUUGUUUGCGUAAUGUUGUUCUUCAGUCUCUAAAGCUUGUUUAAGACACAUCUAAGAAACUAUAUAAAAUAAAGUAUCUGCAAUCUUACAUUUUAUUUCUGA